GCGGGGCCCAGCGAGGGCGGAAUGCCGCGAGGGCCGCCGGGAAGAGGGAGGCGGGCGGGCGGCCAUGGCGCUGGCAGGUACCGUGCGGGGCGCGGAGAGGGGCGGGCGGGGGAGGGGCGGGCGCGUCAGUCCCGCUUGGCCACCUCCGUUUCCGCGCCCUUCGCUCUCGCCCCUUGGCAGCUGCCUGGGCCGGAGGAGGGAGACCCGCGAGGCCGCCUGCUAAGCCCCUUCCCAGGACGCGCGUCGGACUUGCGCUCGCAGGCAGCGCUUUCCCACAACCCGCGGGACCGGCGCCAGCGUUAGGACCGGGCGCACAGCCACCCCGUCCCGCUUCUCCUCCCCGAACCCGGCCACGUUUGCGAACAGGAAAAAGGGGCCUUUUUAGUUGCAGCUGGGUUUUUUAAAAAAGGGUUUGUUCGGUUUUGUAGGGAAUGCAAAACACAGGUGGCAGUCUAAAACAAAGAAAAAUAAGAGUCUUGACAGCCAGAGCUGUUUGACAGUAGAAGAGACUCUCUGGGAAGGUGGUGGCCUCGCCUUUCUUGGAGGUUUCUGAGCAGAGGUUGGCUGAUCUAGUCGCGAUUCCUGCAUUGCAGGGGGUUGGACUAGAGGACCCUCAGGGUCCCUUCCAACUCUACAAUUAGUGAGAAUAACAAAAUCUUACCAAAACAGCAUUGAAAUGUCAUGGCUCUUUCAGGCCUCAGUGCUUUUCCAUUAUGGAAACAGUUGUGUCUGUUGUUAAGCAACUGGGAGUGCCCGUUCACUGCACUAAUAUUAUAACAAUGUCAGAAGAGCCCUUUUGGCCCAUCCAGUCCAGCAUCCAUUUCUCACACUGGCCAGCCAGAUACCUAUUGGAAGCCAGCAAGCACAGCCCAUCCACUUAUGAACCCCAAUAACUGGCAUUCAGAGGCCGGAGCAUCGGAUGAGGACCUGGGAGAUCUGGGUUCAAAUCCCCACUCAAUCAUGUAGCUCACUGGGUGACCUGGGGCCGGUCACAGCCUCUUAACCUGCCUCACAGGGUCAUUAACUGCAGUGUGUGUGUGUGAGCCAUGUCCUUGGAGAAAAAGGUGGGGUGUAAUGCAAGAAAAAAAUCGCUCUUCUGCUUACCUGCUUAACUUUCUUAAAGCCAGCCGGAUGGGGAUGUUUGUCACCAGGCACCCAGAGAUCUCCACAUGCUCGCAAUUGGACCUGUGCCAGUUGGAAAAUGCGCAUAACUAAUUUCUAACACUGGAGGCAGAGAUAACCUGGAUACAGUGAUUCAUGCUCUGGUAACUGCAGAUUAGAUUAGUGUAACAUGGACUGCAGCUAGUAUAGAAUGCAGCAAGCGUAUUGCCUGACUUGUCAAGCUGAGCACCAGUUCUGAAAAGGCUGCACUGUCUGCCUGUAAGCUACUGAAUUCACCUCAGGGUUAGGACUAAUUUAGAAGGACUCAAAUGACUUAGGACGCAGUUACCUGAAGGAAUGCUUUUCCUGCUGUCAUUGUGCCCAUAUGUUAAGAUCUGCUGUGGAUGGCUUUCUUGUCCAUUGCUGAGUGAGGCAUGUACCUUGAAACUCACAAAAGGACUUUGAUGGGUUUGAAAUUGUCUCUGGAAAUCUACCUGGUGCCAACGCAGGCACUACUGUAUUUUUGUUGUUGGCAUUCUCCUGUCUCAGGAGAUAAUGGAGGAGGAGUGUUCCUUGGGGAAAAGUCAAACUAUUGGGGAGUUACAGAACCUGCUGUUAGUCCACUGACUUUAGUAGGAAAGAGAAGAACCUAUAAUUUAUUUUUAUGGUUUUUCCAGAAUUGUUAAUUUGAGUUUAGAUGGGAUGGGUACUGCACUGGAAUCACAGUUGAUUGAAGGCGAGGUUUACAAUGAAAUAAAACUCUGGAGAGGUGGUAUUUGGGUGUUUCUUCUAAUGAAAAAACUGUUGAAACUUAGAACUCCCCCCUGCCCCACAGAUGAUGCAACAGAGUUUUGGAGGCAGAUUGAAGAUAGCCGAGUGGACUUGAUAUUUGAGCAAGUGCAGAAGGUACUUUGGUCUCUGAAGCAGAAGAUCAAGGACAGAACUGCAACAGAUGAAGGUUUGGAAUCCUUUGUUAUGAUAAUCAAACCUUGAAUGGCUUAAUGCAUAUUGCGUACAGAAUAAACGGUGCAAGCUAAGAUUUACCAUGCAUUUAUUUGUAUGGUUAUCAUUUUUAGAGACUGUAUUUUUAAUACAGAUUUUUAAAAGUCGGUAUUACUUUUAUUUAAACAGAGUACUGCCAAGCUUUGGCAUUUGUGAAUCAAGUGGAUAUGACUAACCUCCUACCUCUGACAAAUGGUACGAAAAGAGUUUCCAUAUUUUCUGUGUGUUGGUUUUUACUAAGCUAGAAAACAUGAAAUAUUAGCUAUCUCUUCAAAAACUAUAGAAAACCCAUUCUAAUAUGGCACUUCAUGGGUUUGGGUUUGGGAUUAGGAUUAUGUCCAUGCCUAUCUUUUGGCCUGCAUGUUGGAGCUUCACAUUGCUAUGGGAGCCUAAUUGUGUAGCCUGAUUUGUUCAAUUCUCUUUCGAGUAUUAGGAUUAUGGAUGUUUGGGCUCUGUUCCAUUCAAGCGUAAUGUCCAAUGUGCAGAAGUCAGGCAUGUGUAUAUGUUCCUGAUCCCCCACUGAACACGGUUACAGACAUAUUUUAAUCUGUCUGCGGUAUAUAACUUGGAGAAUAAUUUUAGAAUUUCUCGUGAGAAGGUUAGGAAUGCUGAGAGUUGUGACAUCCAUGUCGGCCAAUCUACAGCUGCAAGGCAUCGGUGGUGGCACUGCCUUUCCUCUGGGCUUUGCAUCCCAAAGGUUUAAAGCAGGAAUGGGGAACCUAUGCAGUCUGAGGGCCAUGUUCUCUUCUAGGCAGCCUUCCAAGGGCCACAUGCUACUGGUGGGUGGGGUCAGGUGAAAAGGUGGGCAGAGCAACUACCAUACUUUUCCGUGUAUAAGACUAGGGUUUUUUUUACUAAAAAAUAAUGUUAAAGGGGGGUAGUCUUAUACACGGGGGCAAUCUGCCCCCAUUUCCUUAAUUUUGAGUCCCCCCAAAUAGGGGGUGUCAUACACUGAAAAAUAUGGUAAUUUAUAUUUUACCUUUUUGCAGUACACUAGUUUACACAUCCAGACAGCAAGAGGCAUUAUCAGAGCUCAAGGACACACUCCAGUCAGGCCAAAGUGCAGCAUGUGAAGCUGGGCCAGGGAGGGGGCUGCCUGGGGAGAGUUUUGAGGGCCACAUUUGGCCCCUGGGCCUGAGGUUUCCCACCCCUGCUUUGAAGGUCACAUGAAUUCUGUUUAGGUGGGACAUAAUUGUUCCCCUUUUACUGGGUCAGACUCAGACUCCAUCCAACUGAAGGCAGUUUGUGGUUUUCCAGAGUUUCUGGUGAAGGAGUUUCCAAGCCAUCCUGCUUAAUCUCCUCGUGCAAUAACUAAAUACUGCAUUUGUUCAUUGUUCCUCACUUGGGCAUAGUGUACAACAGGGUGGAUAAAAAUCAAUGGUUAUUUUAAUUAAAAAAAGGAUUUUUAAAAAUUUAAAUCAGAUUUUUAAAAAUUUAAAUCAGAUUUUUAAAAAUUUAAAUCAGAUUUUUAAAAAUUUAAAUCAGAUUUUUAAAAUAAAAUGCUUUUGGAGGAAAAAUAUUUCUAAAGAUAGUUUUCUAUUUAAGUUACAUUAUAGUCCAAAGGAAAUAAGGAUUUGUUUUAAGUUUUUCAUGUGUGCUAAAACUCAGUCUUAAGUUGUUUUUUUAAAAAAAAAUGUUUAACCACAUCAGUUAACAAACAUGGAUACAUAUGCUAUAAUGUUACUGUUUUAGUUAAAUAAAUUGUUUAAAUUGUUAUUAAGGAAAUGAUUAUUUUUCUCCUUCCAAUAAAGUACAGCAGAAAAGUUGUUCAAAUAUAAACAGUUAACUUAUUAAAACUCACAAUAAUUUCAUAAUUAUCUGUCUAUGUGUUUCUAAUAGUAUAACCAAAUCAGUAAUUUUUGAUAUAACUGUAAAAAAUACUCUGAAAAUUUAUUAUUCCAAAAAUGAAACCUUCAUCUGGUUGUAAAUAUUAAGAUUAUACCAGCAAGAAUGAGUCUUUCUGUAAAAAAACGAUUUAAAUCAAGUCUUACUGACUAGUGAUUUAAAUCGUGAUUUAAAUGGAUUUGAUUUAAAUCAAAUCCACCCUAGUGUACAAUCACCAACACAUCAGUCACCAACCUUGCCUCUAGUUUGGCCUUAACCUUGAGCUCUUGAAGUGUUGGAAGAAAUCUAUAACAUUUGGGUGGUAUUCAACUAAGUUUUACUCAGAGCACACCCACUGAAAUUAAUUAACUUGGUCCUGUUCAUUGAUUUUAAUGAUUCUAUUCUGAGCAAAACGUGGUUGAAUGCCACUCACAGUGUUUGACAUAUUCUAUCUUUCCAAAGGACAAAGCCACCACCACCCCCUAUUCUGUGCAAAUACGUUGCAGUCCUGGGAGUGGCAAAUUAAUCCAUUAUGUUGAUUUCUGUUUUGACAAUAGUCACAGAGUUAUUUUGCCUUAAAAUCACCAGCUUUCUUGGGAGUCUGGGAUGAGGUAGGAUAAAAUAUACCCCAUAUGUCCUCUGAUCCCCAAAGUUUCACAGUGAUUUGAAGCAUGAGGGUGGAAUUGGCAUAAUACAACUGAAGACACUCAGGCUGAUGACAGCAGAAGAUUCUUGUCAUGUGCGAAAUAAUUCAAUAUUAAAACAAUGCACUUAAAAUGCUGUCUUAAGACCUUUGUUAAUAUAUGCAUAAUUACAAAUCAUUAUUGGUUUAAAUAAAAGUCUGUACUGCAUUUAAUUGUGACUGUUCUUAAUUGCAAUCUAAAAUGUAUAUUGCUAGAGUUUAUAUUUUACUUUUCAAAGUAAAUAAUGCUGUUACUGAAGAAGAUAUGCAGAAAUUUGAGCCUGGUUUACAUCCUUCUGCCUCAAGUGAAAUUAUAGAGAAUCCUGGAGAUGAUUUUUCUUUGUGAGUAAACCAUAUUUUUGUUGCUUUUAUUUCUUAGGAGUUUGUACUGUUACUCUAAAAAUUACGAACAACAAAAUCAUCUAGAACCCUACAGAUAGGGAUGCUUGAGGAUUUUGUUCAUUCCACGUUUUGAGGUGGACAAUACCGUUGAAGCCACCUGAACCACUGUGCAGUCAGUAGGAUAACAGCACUUCAUAGAGUACAGACCAAAGUGCAUGGAAUAUGGCCCAAAAUUUCCAUUUUAGGUCACAUGCUUGUUUUUAAAAUGCCCUUCAUUGUGGUAAUGGGGAGGAAGGAAUGGAUCACUGAUAGGGAAAUGUAGUGAAGUAGUGAUUCACCCAUCCCUAGUCCAAGAGUGACUGGUUAUGUAAGACUUGCAUAUAGACUUCUGUCGUCUCUACCGCAGUGCCUGUCCAUUUCUGCUCUGCCCAUUCAUUUCCCCAGGUGGCCUUCCCCUUCUGGGCUCCUACCUCUGCUUUCUCCCUAAUUCUGCCCCGUUUUCUAAACCAGUCUUCCUGUCUAACCUCCCUUCAGGAUCUGAGCAGCUCUGCUCAGGAGGAAAGGACCCAAUCCUCAUUCUGUAGGCUGAAGGUGACACAGAGGCCUCUAGGGAUCCCUUUCUCUCCUCUCCUCCCCACACCCCUGACCAGAAAGUGAAUUUGGCUCAGGUGGACAAAGUCAGAAUCCAGUGCUUGGGGCAUGCCCUUCUUCCUCCACCCCAGAGCUCCUUUAGACAGAGGUUUCUGGAUACCAAAUGAAAAACAUUCAUAACUGAUGUCAGCAAUUUGCCACACAUGUUCUCCUCUGACCAUUAUUAUUAAGAUAGAUGCAGAAUGCAAAUGUGAUCAAAAUGCUCACUUUUGUGGCUUGAAACAAGUGAAUUCAAUCAACAAUUGUAUCUGAACAAACCUUAACUAACUUACUGAUUGCCUGACAUAUUUUUCUUCCAACACUUGCAUGUGUGCUUGUAAACAGAAGAAUGAAGAUAAAGGAGGCGAUACAUUCAAGGAGUAAAGGCGAACCUGCAGAAGUGUCUUCAAAAUUCCCCUAUGAGGAUCAUGUCUGCUCUAAAAAAUGUCUUGCCAAAAGGCCAUGGAAUUCAUACAAGGAUGAAAACCCUCUUCAUCUGCCAAUGCUGUGUCGCUUCCAAAGAUGGCAUGCCAAACCAGAUUAUGUGUCAAAGUCACACAAUGUUAUAUACAAAGCUCCCUGUGGAAGGAGUCUGAGAAAUUUUCAAGAUGUUCAGAAUUAUUUGUUUCAGACAGAGUGCACUUACUUAUAUUUAGAUCACUUUUCUUUCAAUACUUAUGUACAGGUGUUUAGAAACAAUCCUAGUUGCCAGCCCUUUGUGUUUGAUUUUGAUAUCAGCAACGGGGCAGAGACAAUACCAGUUUCUUUCUGUAAUGACAUAGACCACGACCGACUACCUUACUUUAAAUAUCGGAAGGUCUCUUGGCCCCAUGGAUACUUCUUGAACAAUUUCUCCAGCAUGUUUAUUGACUCAUGCAGUUGCACAGAUGGCUGCACAGACAGGUAUGUAUUCUAAACUUACUGUUCAGCACUGCAAAUACCCUUGGACAUAUUUACAUGUAUAUUGAGGCAGAGUGGUGUGCAGCAUUUAAUCUACAGAUUUGCAAAGAGUUAGCAGCUUUAAACUGCAUUGCCAAAGGUGAGGACUUACCUGAUUUCUACAAAUAAUCAGAGUUCAAGCAUGGACACUAUUCUAUUCUUACGCUUUCAUAAAAAGGGCCUAGACCAGUGCAGUCCUGGGUUUAAUUUAAAGAGUGGGUGUCGGGGGCUGGACUGAGGAGGAAUGGUGGGAGCCCCCCCCCUUCUCCUGAACCUUCCCAAGAACAGGAGGACAGUAUAGAUUUAGAACAGUGGUUUGCAGAAGGCUGCAGAGGAGAAAAUCUGGGGAAUAUUGGGAGAGGAACAGCAGGAAGAAGCACUGGGGGAGAGACAGCUGACAGACUCAGUGUCCUUGGAAAGCAUUCCUGAUCCCCGGUCUCCCAGGACCAGGCGGGCAUUAAGAGUAGUAGAACAGAAGCCUCAGAGGCAGAAAGCUCAGAUCAGCCGGUGCAGCGAUGACAUAGAAUAGAAGAGACAGAGGGGAUUGGACUUUACUCGGAGCAAUGCCAUUAUUUAAUAGAGACUGCAUUCCUUCGUGUCUCUCUCUCUGAAUACUGAAUAAAUUAUGUGGUAAGAACUCUUCUCGUUUAUCUGCUUUUUGGUUGCCACUGGGGGAGGAAUUGGAUACCUUGAAGCCUGACAGUGGGGUACACUAAUGUAGUUUUCAAAACUGUUUACUAAUAAGUCUUUUUAAACAUGCAGAGAACAUAAAAAGCUUUAAAUAAGCAGCUCUGUUAAAUGGAAAGGAUCGUAAUAUUUAACUUGCUGGCUAAGCUGUCUUUCUUGAGACAGCUAUUGGCUUGCUGUGCUACGUAUCAGCUCCUUUGAAAAUUUAAUGAUUAAACACAUGUCCAGAGAGUAAAUGGGCUAUAUUGCUUUAUUUCAUAUCCUUAUUUGCACUAGAUCUACUGUGUGCUUUCUAGGAAAAAAUGUGCAUGUCUGCUUCUAACUGAAAGAAACUGCCAUGAAGCUUCUGUGUCUUCAGGAAAAGAAGCAUCUAAUGGAUAUAAUUAUAAAAGACUCGAUGGACCUGUGCCCAGCGGGUAUGCAACCCCAACUUUAUUUUUACCUGAAGGCCAGACAUGGUGGUUCCAUUGUGUCCUUAAUUCAAGCUGUCUUGUUUUGGUCAUGUAGAGAAUGGGAACCCCAUUGCUCUGCUGUUCCAUUUUAAGUGGCAGCUUUCAGCUUAACAGAAGAAAAGUGUAGCAUUGAACUUGCCCCAGAAAAAAACAACUAAAAAAAAAAGGUAUCCUGGAUCCUAGUAGACAAGAUUGGGCAACAAAUAUGAUGGAAAUUGUGGUUCUCAUGUACUAGCAGUUCCUUUAUUUAUAUUAUAAAUUUAUCGCAUGAUACAUUGGCCUGGCACCAUCAGUAGCAACGUUUAGAUGCCAAGCAAGUACUUUCCUGCAUUUGACUCUUAAUUGGGGUCAGAUAGUAUGAUACUCUAACCUACAUUGAUGUUCAGCUUUUAGUAAGCUGAGAUAAAAGUUUUUAUGUUAUUGCAAGAUCAUUACUUUAAGUUAAUAAUAUUGUUUUAUCUUUUUAAAGUACUUGAAAUGUGUUAUGUACGCUUUAAUAAUAACUAGUGUAUACAUAUAAUAAUGAUGAUGAUGAUGGAGUGAUAGCACAGUCAGUGGAGCAUGAGAAUCUUAAUCUCAUCUCCACAUUGGGUGAAAGAUUCUACUUUGCAGGGGUUUGGACUGGAUGACCCUUGUGGUCCCUUCUACCUCUACAAUUCAGAGAAUGUUAAGUGGCCGAGGUUUUGAGAUCUCCAGGGGAGUCCCUAUUGGCACAUUUGCUUACCUGUAAGGUUCAUAAGACGGUGUUGCAUGAGAUGGCCUUUUCUUUAAUGGCCCUCAGGUUGUGGAGUGCUCUCCUGUCUAAGGUGUGUCUGGCCACAUGAUUAUGGACAUUUUGACAUCUGGUCAAUACAAGCUUUUCUGCACAAGCCUUUUUAUGAAGUUUACAGUUUGUUUGUGUUGAGCUGUAUGGGAUGACAUGCUAAAUAAAUAGAAACAUACUCUAACAACCAAAAAUAUGGGUGUUAUGCCCUGAUAAAAAUGGUUCCUCCCACCUGACCCAACACUCUGGAGCAGAUUUCGAGGUUGCCCAGCAGGCUGCAGGGUUAAGGAGGGAGAAAUUCCUUUGUGCAGGUGGACAUUUGCUGUGCAAGUUGGAACUGCAGGGUUUGAUACAAGCCCCUAAUUAUAAAUACUGAAUGUGUGGGCUAUACAUUUUCAGAAUGCAUCAUCACACUGUACUGUUGGUACUUCCAUGUUAGGAUCCUUUUAUUGUAUAUUGCUACUCCUCUUGCUUUCUCAUUUCCUUGCACUAAUUAAGUCUAAUUCAGCCUCAUACUAUUCAUACAUUUGCUGUUUCCUAUAGCAGUGUGGAUCUCUUGCAGUGAGGCUUGCAUUUUCUUCUGUAGGUAUUCCAAAUAUUGUAGGUGCUAGCAGUUAUGCUAGCGGUGCAUAUUGCUGCUUCCGUUUCCUCAUCAAAACAUGCAGCAGCUCCUGAGAAAGUGCUGGAGCUCCAAGAGGAUCCUCUUGUCCUGAACGUUGUUCACUCAGCUGCUCUCCCCACCCUCUGAAAUAUUGAACCUGUAAUGCUGCUGUUUUCUUUUUGUGGCAGAAUUUAUGAAUGCAGUGUGUUAUGCAGCUGUGACAAGAUUAUGUGCCAGAACAGAUUAGUGCAGCAUGGUCUUCAGGUUCGGCUGCAGGUCUUCAAAACUGAAAAGAAGGGCUGGGGAGUCCGUUGCCUUGAUGACAUUGACAAAGGAACUUUCGUUUGUACAUACUCAGGUAAUUUAAUGUAGUCCAGGAAGGGAUGGAAAUUCAUAUUUUUUAUUUUUUUAUUGCUUUUUCACAAAUAGAUAUACAUAUGCAAAUAUCUUCUUCCAUUUCCUUUAGUUAUAUAAACUAUAUUCUUACUUACAUUCAUUGCAUUUUCCUUUUCAACAUACUAAAACAGUCACCAAAAUACAAAUCCCACCCAAAAGUCAACUUUGGGGGGGGGGGAGGAACCAUCCUUCAAAUAGUUCCAAAGUAAAACCUUCGUAUCUUGGUAGAAAAUUCACGGUUAACAUUAGACACUUGUGAGGCAGUAACUGGAAUACAGUGGUGCCUCGCAAGACGAAAUUAAUCCGUUCCGCGAGAGUCUUCGUCUAGCGGUUUUUUCGUCUUGCGAAGCAACCCUAUUAGCGGCUUAACGGAUUAGCGCUAUUAGCGGUUUAGCGGCUAUUAAAGGCUUAAAGGCUUAGCGGAUUAGCUGCUAAAAGGCUAUUAAAGGCUUAGCAGAUUAGAUAAAGGGGGGGAAAAGCGAAAAAAAAAUCUCUAGACUCGCAAGACAUUUUCGUCUUGCGAAGCAAGCCCAUAGGGAAAUUCGUCCUGCGAAGCAACUCAAAAACGGAAAACCCUUUCGUCUAGUGGGUUUUCCGUCUUGCGAGGCAUUCGUCUUGCGGGGCACCACUGUAUUGAGUGUUCAAACAGGAAAUGGAUGGUAAAAAUAGGUUCCAAGUGUUAUGAGCUUAUACAUAUGUACAGUAAACAUGGCAGAACCCAUCCCUCUCUCGUCUUGGGGGAGCCAUCCAAACUGGUGGGCAUCCCUACCUCUUGUGGGAACUAACUCUUAUAAUAGUUUUAACUAUGUGCUGGCCGUCUUCCAAAUACCAGGUCCAAAGAGAGGACUGGAGAUGCACAAAGUCUUCUCAGUCUGCAUAAUGGCCCAGCACCCCUGGCAUUCACGGGAAGAGAGAAGACAGAUGGGUGUCUUGCCCACACUUGAAUAGAUCAUGCCCCAACUCCUGCUUAGUUUUUUUAAAAGAAGUCCAAAUCCAGAAUACCCAUUGUAAUAAGCAUGUAAGCCUGGUGUUGCCUGCAGCCAGCAUGGAGCCAUAUAUGGAGAAAUCAGUUUGAUUCAUUUAAAUAACCCCAAUCAUCCUUACCAUAGAAUGUAAACCACACUGAAAUUAUUUAAAGCUGCUAUAUAGAGAGCUUGUUUGGGGCUUAUUGCUAUUCUGGAAUGGGAUGAGAAUUAUGGAGAGAAGGGGGAGAAGUGAUUUUCUUUCCUUCUUCCUGAAGCAUUGCUAGAUAACGCAGGGAGGGAUGUCUUGGCCCCUCCAGCCCUAAUCUUCCCCCAGGGUGCUUAGGAUAAGCUGUUAGGGACUUUGGCAGGCCACUCCCUCCCCACCCCCAUUUCCUCUCCAUUCCCCCCACCCUCACUUAUCAACUGACACUGUAGUGUUUUGUACAUCGUGGAAGCUCAUGAUUCAAAGUUCAAUGUGCCUAACAAGUUCCCAGGCUAUGCAGAAAAAACCGUCUUGUUUUUGGAUGGCCCAGUUUCACUUCCAAACCCAUGAGAACUCAAGUACUCAAGGGCAGCCAUGCUGACCUCUAGAAUACUCUACUCCACCAGCAGCCUGGUUUCCUCCGCCCAUUUUUCACAUUCUGUGACUGCUGAGCAUCCUCAGUCUUCAUUGGAGUUUCGCCUUAAACACUGUGCUGUGCUGACCUUGAGGUUCCCCUGAACAUACUGAUAUUUUUCUCUUGUUUCUCAGUGGCCCCAUUUGGACUCAGUUAUGUUGGAACUAAUCGCCUGAGUUCACUUUUAGAGUCAGUAAUGUUAGGAUUAAAACUUACAUUUGGAUAAUUUUGAAUGCAUUCAUUGCUUCUGCAAACACCCAUCUGUUUCACUGCAAAUACUAGAAUAUAGAAUAUAUCCUUUUUUUCUUUAGGCAAACUGAUGAGCAAAGAUGAAUCCAGGCAACCUAAAGAUAAAGGUCGUGAGGUUAAAGAGGAAGAUACAGAGAAUGGUGACAGAAGCCACACUUUAUUUAAAAAAAGGAUAAAACUGGAUAUGUUCUGUUCUGAUUCAGAGACUGAAGUUAUCCAAACCACUAGGAAGCAAAAAUCUUUGCCCGUAAAAGGUGAAGAUCAGCUAAGUGUGUAAGUUCAAGUAACAGUUUUGGGAGUCACUGUGAGUGCUAUCCAAGAUGUCCAUGGCCAGUAAAGUCCAUCAAAGAAAAGCUCAGCAGCACAGGCCAUUCUUUAUGUUUGGAGCAAGUGAAUAUCUCAGGCAUUCUUUCCCCCAGGCUUCCCUUCCUUUUUUCUGAUCAUCCUUCUCCCUCACUUGGGAAGGAAGGACUGGCCUUAUCAGUUGCUGACAUUGACCCUGGCCUUGUCCAGCUAGUGCAGUGGUCAGCCACUUAUAUUUUGUGUUGUUCCUUCCCAAUACCACUGGCACAAAAAAUGUUAAUAACAAUCGUAGUGGCAGCAUGGUAAUGUCUUUCGUUGGACCAGUUCUGGAAACCUUUCAAGCUAGAAAUAACAUUUCACAUAUCUAAUGAAAUAGUAGAGAACAGCUUGUCAACUUUAGUUCAGCAUUUCUUCCUGUAUGAUUGCAUCUUCAGAACUAAAAGCCACGAAGGAUUUUGAACACUUGGUCCUAAUUCCCUGACUCCUCAUUUUUCUGAGGUUCAAGAAGUUAAAUUUAUGUACGCUUAAAAAAAACAAAAACCCUUAAUAUUGACAAGUGGGUUAACCUUUAGCCUGCUUUAAAACUCUGUGAUAGGAAAUUGUCUUCAGAGUAUAAAUGUUCUAAUAUGCUACUAAAUGCUAAUGUUUCUGCCUUGCAAAACUUCCAUAUAAUGUUUGGUAAGAAAUUUGCUUUGUCCUUUUGAAAUUGUAAAAUUUAUAGGAAGAAUAUUUUAUAAUUCAUUGUGCAAGUUGCAUAAAGUCCUUUAUCCAUUUCUCUUUAGAAUUCAGAGUUGUCAAAGCUACAGCUGUAACAGUACUCAGACUUACGAAGCUGUCACAAGACCGAAAACUCGAACAUCUGUUCUUCAGAAACAUCAGCGGCAACGAGUAAAAAUUCUACCCUUUUUUUGGCUUCAAGGAGUUCCACCUGCUUUCUCUGUCUAUUCUUUUUUCAGCUAUCAAAAUGAUUUGUGGUACAACAAAAUCUGUUACUAGCUUGCUACUUCCUUCUCUUUUCCACCAUGUAAAAUGUGUAUUUCUACACCUCAGUGAGAUUGUACCCUUGUUUUGUGAGAAGUGAGGGGAUGACCUGCCCACUCCUAUUACAGUGGUGCCUCGCAAGACGAAAAGAAUCCGUUCCGCGAGUCUCUUCGUCUUGCGGGUUUUUUCGUCUUGCGAAGCAAGCCCAUUAGAGGUUUAGCGGCUUAGCGCUACAGUAUUAGCGGCUUAGCCGGCUUAAAGAUCAGCUGAUAAGCGGCUUAGCAUCAGCUGUUAAGCGGCUUAAAGAUCAGCUGAUAAGCGGUUUAGCCAUCAGCUGAUAAGCAGCUUAGCAUCAGCUGUUAAGCGGCUUAAAGAUCAGCUGAUAAGCGGCUUAGCAUCAGCUGUUAAGCGGCUUAAAGAUCAGCUGAUAAGCGGCUUAGCAUCAGCUGUUAAGCGGCUUAAAGAUCAGCUGAUAAGCGGCUUAGCCAUCAGCUGAUAAGCGGUUUAGCGGCUUGGGAAUAGGGUGUUGGUUAGGAAAACAACCCGCAGGAACUCGCAAGACAUUUUCGUCUUGCGAAGCAAGCACAUAGGAAAUUCGUUUUGCGAAGCACCUCCAAAACGGAAAACCCUUUCGUCUAGCGGGUUUUCCGUCUUGCGAGGCAUUCGUCUUGCGGGGCACCACUGUAUAGGGUGCAGGUAGCCAAGUCUGUGUCGUCCUACAGCUGCUGCUUCUACUCCUCAAGUCACCAUAGGCAAAGUGAUAAAUAGUGUGGAUAAAAGCUUUCUUGUUCAGUCUGCCCAUUGAAAAGGGGAGUGCAGUGGGCAGAAAAUACUAUUCUAAAAUUUCUAUGGACCAUGGGAAAGUUGCUACAGUAGACAGUGAAUUGUAUCCAGCUAUGUCAAAGAGUAGACCCUUUGAAAUUUACAGUCUACUCUGAGGAUGUCUUAGCAAAUCUUAGUUGAUUACAUCACGGUGGCAAAAGAAUAUUCACAGAAUGUUUACGUCUUGCAAGGGGGAGUGGGGAAAGUGAUUUCUGUCACAUACUUUCUGCACAUUGGAGCGUAAAUAAAAUACCUUUUAUUUCCAGACCCUAUUUUCAGGUAAUCCUGCACUACAAUGUGCAAGGCAUUGGGCUCUGGAAAGUGGCCAUUUUAUUCCUCACCAUGUCAAGGUAACCUGUUAAAAAAAGAAGGGUAGGCUUUGAGCAAAGAGCAAACGAUUGAUUAUGAACUUUUCUUCUGAGGGAAUUGCUGAUGCCAGUUCAGAUGAUGAUGGAAGUUCUGUGUGCCAGAAAUCAUCAAGAAGUAAACUAACUGCUGCAGCCAAGAAAGGAGAUGAAAGUAAGUUACUCUAGGUGGGGUCUGACCAAGGCAGAAUGCAGUGGCACUUUGACUUCCCUUGAUCUGGACCCUGUACUUCUGUUGAUGCAGCCUGGAAUAGCAUUAGCUUUUAUUGCUACUGCAUCAUACUGUUGCCUCAUGUUAAGCAUGUGGUCUACUAAAACCUCUAAUUUUUUUCGCAUAUUUCCUAUAUUUGUGCAGCUGGUUAUUCCUGCGUAAGUGUAGAACUUUAUAUUUGUCCCUAUGCCUUCUACAUUUGUCCCUAUUGAAAUUCAUUUUGUUCAUUUUGGCCUAGUUCUCCAAUCUGUUGAGGUAAUUUUGAAUCCUAAUUCUAUCUUCUGAGGUAUUUGCUACCUCUCCUAAUUUUGUGUCAUCUGCAAAUUUGAUGAGUAUCCCCUCAAUUCUUUCAUCAAAGUUAUUUAAAAAGAUGUUGAACACCACCAGGCCUAGGACAGAACCCUGAGGUACCCCAAUUGUCAGUUUUUUUCCAGGAUGGUGAGGAAUCAUUGGGUUAGGCCAGUCAACAUCCAAACAGCAACUUGUCAUUGUACACUGGAGACUUUUAAUAACAGCGUGAAUGUUUGAUAUUGAAACUGUUGGACAAGUUUAACUUGAUGUUCGCUAAUUAUACGCUAUCCUGAAAUGUGUGUUGACAGAAUCAAGUCUACAAGAAGAGCUUGGUGAAAUGGUGAGCAUCGUACAGUCCGAAGGUGGUGCAGACUGCGUUAAAGAGAAUCCUCUUUUCAACACCACUUUGAAUAGUAAGCCAGCUGUGCAAGAUGACAGAGAGAUUAAAAAAAAAAGCGAUGACCUAUUCUGGACUCAAGAUAUACACAAGAAAAGUUUCAAGAGAGGGAGAAGAGAAUCUGCUCAUAAAAAGCAAGCAACGGAAGAUAGCAAAGCAUUCCUAAAGAAUAAGGAGAGCCCAUGUUUGCUGGAUGCAACCAAGGAAGGCAAUGUGGGCAGAUUUCUUAAUGUAAGUAACAGUGGUAUGUGUGUCUGGUUUCAAAGCCGGCUAUUGUGUUGCAGAAAUCUAUUCUGAAUAUGAACCACCUCCCUCCCUUGUAAACGGUGCACAUCUGGUCCCCAGGCCCCAUUUUUGCUUUUGGCAUUACUGGCUGCACCAUGCCAGUAUCUUUUAUGGCCUUGGCUUACUGUUUCCCUACGAGGGAGGGAAAUUUGUGGCCCUCCAGAUGUUGUUGGACUGCAGUUCUCAUCAGCCCCCGCCAGCAAGACCAGUGGUCAGUGAUGAUGGGAACUGUAGUCCAGCAAAAUGUGGAAGGACAAAAGUUCCCCACCCUUCCCUACAUUAACAGCUGAGAUCCUCGGUCAGCACCAUUGUCAGCUUUCCAGUUUGCCUGUGCAUCAACCGGCACAUGUCCAAUCUCAUGCCUGGCAUUCUGCCUGCAGUUCACAGAGGUCCUCCUUCAUACUGUGUGUGGCUGGGUGUUUCACCCUCAAGGCUUAGCUUGCAAGAUAGUAUGAAAUGCUUGUUUCGCUCAGACAUAGGAGGCUUGCUGCAUUCAAGUUAACUGGGAUUCUUUGCUGUGCAUGUUUGCAGCUGCUAUUCCAACCCUGUCCUGUGCUGGCAGCCCCCUCCAUGGAGGCAGAGGUUUGGUCCCUGAGCAAUGUUCUUCCCUUUUACUGCCUAGCAUCCCAGAGAGAGUGAUCCUUUUGCUUUAGCAGUUUGGCAUUGAGAAGGGUGCCAGUGUGUCUCCCCUAUUUUCAAGCACCCACAGUGCUGUUCUAGCAGGAUUGCCCUUGGCUGUCAGAUCAAGAUUCUUCAGGAACACGGGCAAUAAAGCAAUGCAUAGUCAUCUCAAUAUUAUUGUCACAAAAUCUUACUCGUUUAAAAGUAGAUCCCUGCUCUGCCUCCUGUACUGUUGAUGUUAAGUAUCUGUUUUGGGAUCAAAGGGAAGAUCUUGCUGUAAAACAAGAGCACUUUAGAGAUUUUUUUUCUAAACUAACAUUUGCACAAGAAAGUAUAUUAAUAGCAGAACCUGUCAUUUUAAUUUUCAUUGGUUUGUUCCGUUUACAGCACAGCUGCUCCCCUAAUCUCUUUGUACAGAGUGUAUUUGUAGAGACCCACAACAGAAAUUUCCAGUGGGUGGCAUUCUUCACAAACAGGUUUGAUGUAUUUUAUUGCUUUCAUCUUCAUCCCGCUGAAAGAGCAAAAAAAAUGUUUCCAACUGGGGGGGGGGGGAGAGUACAAAACCUAGAACCUGUGCUUUGACGUUGAUCUUUACAGCCUAGGUUUCAGCACACACUUUGCUGCCAUCCAACCAAUACUUUAUUUUGCUAGAAAAAUACUGUGGCAGAAGUUCUUUUUAUAAAGACAAAAUGUGUGUCUGUGUGAGAUUGUCAGUUGCUGCUUAAGCUAUAAUGGCACAUCUCUGCAUGCACCACUAUGACAGAAGUGGGUGCUUAACUUACAUGACUUCAAGGGGCAAGGAACAGCUCAGUACACUAAACUGAUUAAUGAUUUGUUUCCUUUAUCCUGGUUAAGGAAACAAGCCAUAAUUAAGCCGUAAUUGGAUUUGCACAAGCCUUGUGUACCUGUAGAAAUGGAAAAAGAAACCAAGAAACUGCAAUUAAUUAUAGUUUUCCACUGCAUGCAAAUCAGGAACUAUGGUUUAGCUCACAAAGAAGCCAAAAUUCAGAUAUGAACAAACGAUCGUAAUGGGAAGCUAUGGUUAAUUGCAGCUUCUUGGUUUGUUUCCCUGCUUAAAGGGGCUGCAAGUACAUAACUAAAAAUUCUCCCUCCUCAAUUACCUGCUGUCUCUUCAGUUGCAUGUUGGGAAUGUUGGCUUGCUGAUAACUAUAAUUGUUUUGCGUAGCCAAUGUUGAAAUUAUAAUCUCCAAUUGCCCAACCCUGCAAAAUGAAUUGUAGUUUUCACUUGACAGAUCUGCAAACUGAGGCUAAAAGAUAAUGUCCGUACAAUUCAUGAUUUGGCUUUCAGCUCAGGACACAAGAAUUUACUGACUUUGUUUUUUAGUUGAAAGACACUUCACUAGACAGUUUCGUGACCAUCUUCUUUAGUUUAUUAUUCACUGUCUUCUGUUUUGUGUUGCUGAAAGUUCCCAAUUUGAAAUUUGGUAGGGUUUGCUCAGCCCCCAAAUCUGGAAGAUCCCACAUGAUAAGUUUGCCAUCUCUUGGUCAUGCUGAGCCAAGACUCAGUUGGAAGGUACUUCAAAAGAAAAGGCCCCAAUUCCUUUAGGUGUCACUAUUCCUCGUUUGGUAAUCCAGACCUUUCUUUCCCCCUGCUGUUGCUGUGAGGAGAGCGGCGGGGGGGGGGGUGUGAGAACUCGUCUCCAUCACCUCACUCGACUUACGGCAGGCUCACAGCAACAGAGAAAGAGGGCACAUAGAUUUAAUCGUCUCCCAUUUUGGUCAGGCUGUUUUAUGCAUAGAAAAGGUCACAGUGGGACCCUCAUGGCAAAAGACCUCUGCAUGAUAUCAACUUCUUACCUCCUCAAAUGGCAUGCAUUUUGCUCACGAGGUAAAAGUGACUGAUCUUAUGUAGAGUGCCUUUCCCUCAUCACAAAAUAAUCCCAUUGCAAUAGGUGAGUGUGAAGUUGUGCUUGUGGGUAGUUUUACACCCUGUUUUAGCUGUUGAGCAUAAAAAAUCCAGCUGCCUUUGGUUGCUGUUCUAUUCACUGUGUGAUAUGUUUGCAUCCUAGGCAUGUAAAGGCUGGAACAGAACUCACAUGGGAUUAUGGCUAUGAAGCUGGAAGCAUGCCUGAAACAGAGACUACUUGUCAGUGUGGUGCUCAUAAGUGCAGGAAAAAAAUAUUAUAGUUUUUUUAGUCUUGUUAGUUGAGGUAUUUUCAACGUUUUCCAGACCCAAUACCCACUUUGAACCCAAACAUAUUUUGGGACAUACAGUGGUACCUCGGGUUACAUACGCUUCAGGUUACAGACUCCGCUAACCCAGAAAUAUUACCUCGGGUUAAGAACUUUGCUUCAGGAUGAGAACAGAAAUCAUGCUCUGGCGGUGCGGUGGCAGCGGGAGGCCCCAUUAGCUGAAGUGGUGCUUCAGGUUAAGAACAGUUUCAGGUUAAGAACGGACCUCCAGAACGAAUUAAGUACUUAACCCGAGGUACCACUGUAAUUUCUUUUACCAUAUAUUUGCACAGUGGUAGUGCUUCUGUUGCAAUCCACCUUGGAUCAGGCUGUGACUCACUAGAGGGUCCCGACCCACUAGUUGAAGACUAGUGCAUUAGCAUAACAAUUAGCAUUUAAGGUACAGAAGGUAUUGUGUUACUGUAGGCCAGUUCACAUGAACAUGUUUAUCAGGUGAUAAUUGCAGUUGUCUCUUGAUAGCUGUUUGACAGUUGAACAGGCUCUUGGACGGUGGACUCCCCCUUCACUUUUUAAGCAGAGGUUGGGUGGCUGUCAUGGAUGCUUUAGUUGAGAUUCCUCCAUUGCACAGGGUUGGGCCCUUCCAACUGCACUUGUAUGAUUCUAUGGAGCUUUAGCAUGCUAGCACAAAUAGAGGCAUAAUAAGCAUCCUGCUUGACAACCACUGACACAAUGGUUCAUGGGAACUGGCCCGAAACCUCUCUCAGAAAAAGAAAUCUGCCUUAAUAAAAACAGAUUUUGAAGGAGUUGGUCUAAUGGGAUUUUCAUAGAAUGAGAUAGCUGUAUAUAAAUACCUUUCUCCUCUUCACUAUCAAACUUAGCUUCAAGUACCUGGUUAUUUGUGAGAUACUUUCAUAACAAGGUUGGGACUCUUUUCGGCUCAAUGGAUCAGAUCAGCUUUGGCCUCACAGGUAGGCAGGAUCUAGAUACCUAUGCACUUAAGAUGUACCUGCUUCUAUGAUCAAGCCACUAUUCUGUUAAAAACUCAUUUUUGCUAUUUGCUCUCUGGAG